GUAGAUGGGUCUUUUUUUCUAAUGAGGGUGCAAUGGGCGUGCCGGGGCGGCGCGCGCGCCGACGACAGAAGCGUUCAACUCGCGCGCACCGCCGCCUGCGUGCGCGCUCAGAUUAACGCGCAGAAAACUGAUUUAUUGUGUCGCGUUGAAAAAAUAAUCGGUCGAAUGUUGUGAUGGAGGGACAGGAGUGGCGCGUUGAGUGGCAGCAGAGGCAGAUCGACGGUAUAAUUCCAAAUGGGCAAUGUCCUCGCGGGGCGUUUAACUUGCCGCCGCUAGACCGAGCAAGAGAACUCGAUCCGACUUUGCCGCCACUGCACAAUUCUGUAAGAGAGAACUCAGUAUGUCCGCGGACCACAUAUUCGCCGCUGCAGGCGUUAAGCGAGAGCACCUGCCGGGACCACGGGGCGCCGGCGCCGCCCCCGCCUCAGCCACCACCACGCCUUUUCGUGGGCGCCGGCGGCGCAAGCGCAGCGCUCCACCCGGCAGUAGCGCGUUGUUCGGCGACCCUUGAGCUAUCUGCACUAUGGCGUAGCUUUCACGAACUCGGCACCGAGAUGAUAGUCACCAAGGCCGGCCGUCGCAUGUUCCCUGCAUUGCAGGCGAGGCUUUCCGGGCUCCUGCCUAACGCGGACUAUCUUCUGCUUGUGGACUUCGUACCGCUUGAUGAUAAGAGAUACCGAUAUGCGUUUCACAGCUCAAGCUGGGUAGUGGCGGGUAAAGCGGACCCGGUAUCGCCGCCGCGUAUCCACGUGCACCCGGACUCACCCGCGCCCGGCGCGCACUGGAUGCGCCAACUCGUGUCCUUUGACAAGCUGAAGCUCACUAACAACCAGCUGGACGACAACGGGCAUAUUAUCCUAAACUCCAUGCACCGGUACCAGCCGCGCCUCCACGUGGUGUACCUGCCGGGUGAGGGGCAGGGCACGCCAGGCACCGUCCCGUACCGGACAUUUGUGUUCCCUGAGACGGGAUUUACUGCCGUCACAGCAUACCAGAACCAUCGGAUAACACAACUGAAAAUAGCCAGCAACCCGUUCGCCAAAGGAUUUCGGGACUGCGACCCCGACGACUGUCCUCCUGAGCAAAGCCAACCCCGCGGCACCCCGCGUCGGCGAGAGGCAGUCCCUGAGCCCUGCCCGCAGUUAGGGCAGCCGUACGCCGCCGAGCCCAGCGCGUGCGGCCCGCUCUAUGCCCACGCGCACCCCGUGCGGUACCAGCCCCACACGGCCCACAACGGCGCUUACAGCGCGUACUACGCGCAUAGGUAACCGCGUAGCGUCUACAUUUGACGCAUUGCGGUACGCUCCUUUUACAUGCAAGACAAUAACAUAGAUUUUCAUCUGCUUAAAUAGCCGUUUUUAGAAACUGGUUUGGAGCUCACUGCAGACCCGAAGCUCAUUUAAAGCUGGACUUAAAUUCACUUUAAAUUUUAAAUGAGUACCUAAGGCUUACAAUAACCUUUAGGGUAAGCUGGUCUCGGAGUACGCACUUAGUUAAAAAAAAAGUUAAGUAGGUAAUCAACUUUGCCAUUAUUCCAUGUAUAAUUUAAUCAGCUUCCAUAAAGUAGGUAAUAUAAAAAGUAUCAAAACUAAGAUACUUUUCUAAAAAUAAUAACAAUAAACAAAAAUGGGAAUCGCGUACUCUUACAAGCCCUAUUGGAUAUAGUACAAAUUAUCUCAAAUUAUUUUUUUGCCCAAACCCUAAGCUGUUAAAUAAAAGGCAUUGUUUAUUUUGUGCGCCGCGGUGGCUACCUCAUUUCUCAUUAGUGAAAAGGAUCACGCACGUUUAAAAGGCAAUUGUAAAGUGAAAAAAGCUUGAAAUCCCCCAAACUUCUAUGCAUUUGACAUUUUGAAAGACCUCCGUCUACACUAGCGCCCCUAGCGGCGAAAUUAAACGCGGUAGCCCUCAUUGAUGUUCGUUAUUUGCAUAUUAUUUUACUGAAAUUUAUUUCGGGUUGUUUUUGCGUUUGAUUGCGGUAGGUAAUCAAACUUAAUUGUUGGAAUAUCUUAAGGAAACAUGAGUGAAUAAGUGAUGAAGAAGGAUUACAUUUUUCAGGUUGUCUAAUGUGUUCUCACUGAUGAGGUGAAAAGUUGUGUGUACUACACGAGAUCAAAGUUAUUUACAUCUCGUGCGCUUUUGAGUUCCUUACUACGCUCAAGAUUCUAAAUUCUAUCUAUUAUAAAAUCUUUCGCUUUCAUGGGACUCAAAUAAAUAUCAAACUUUGCUCUCUUGUUGUACAAAUAACUAUUGAGAUAAUUCAUAUUCAUACUAUAAGCGUACGCGUGAACGCCGAUAAGAGUACGCGGGUCAGGCACUGCAUUAUUUUACUUUGGACCUCAUAGCUUGUACCUUCAAGUCCUUUGAAGAGGGGCUUUGAAGACUAUUGUGGUACUUUUAUUAAGGUAAAAGCCUCCGCAACCACAUGUUUGUAUGCAGAUUGCAGACCUACUCAAAAUCGCUCUGUUGUGCGAAGAUCUUGAAAAAAAGUGUCUCCAGCGCGUGGUAGAGGGACUACACCAUCUAUAUUUUGUAUCAAGUCAGCACCUGGCGAAAAUUUCAAAUUCAAUUAGGCCGAUGCGUAAGAAGUACGCGCAUACUAUAACGCGGACUCAUGCACUCAUUGGGCAUUGGGUAAAUGUUCGAAUGGCUACACCAUCUAUCAACUCUGACCAGAACUGCUUCCAUUGCACGCGUUAGGCGACGUCUUUGGAGAUCUAACUGUAUACUUAAUUUUUACAAAAUAAUUACUUACAUGCUUGUCUCAAAAAUACUUCCAAAAUGUUAAAAAUAGUUAAGAUGGUAAGAAAAAAUCUCUAAAUUUACAUAAUUUCUGUUUUUUCAUUGCAUUUUGAUUCUUAUUCUGCACAGCACUUUUUACUUCCGUUUACUUUAAAAUACAUAUAACCAUACAAAUAUCCAUACUAAUAUACUAAUAUAGAGGUACUAAUAUAUACUAAGGUACUAAUCCAUACUAAUAUUAUAAAUGCGAAAGUGUGUGCCUGUCUCAUCUGUCUGUCGGUCUGUCUAUUAUCUCUUCACGCUUAAACCGCUGACCCGAUUUAGUUGAAAUUUGGUAUAGAGAUAGUCUGAGUCCCGGGGAAGGACAUAGGGUAGUUUUUAUCCCAGAAGUCAGAAGAAGAAGGGAUGAAAAGGGGGCAGGGGGGUGUAGGCUUGUAUGGGGAAUCGAUAAAAAGCAGAUUGGAUAAAAAAUAAGCUACCCAAAUUACUAACUCUACGCAGACCAUGUCGCGGGCAAAAGCUAGUACGACAGAAGUUAAGCGCGUAUCCUAAACAGCAUUAGGUAGCUUUUGGUGUACUCUUAUCGGAUGCGUGCUCUUAGAUCAGCUUACCCUAUCAGGACGACAAAAAUUACUACAAUGCCCCCAAGCUUGUAAGAUAUCAUAACCAUAACGGUCCACAAGGUCAACUUUUUCGAAAUAAAUCAAACCGUUAUUUUACGUGUUCAACAAAUAAGUCCCUAACUAAAAUCAGCGCUGCACUUAUACCCUCUCUUAUGUUACUGGGUGCGUAGCCAACGUGCAAUCGUUAACGCUCCAUAGCGAACGAAACGCAACUGUCACUGUCGAUACGCUACGGAGCGUUAAAGAUUGGCAAGUUGGCUACGCGCCGUGUGACGUAAAUAAAUUUAGGUAUUUUCUUUCUUUGUAUGGAUGGUAUAGAAAGGAUCGCAAUCUCUUAUGGCAGAAUUGUUGUAAAAGUGACCGCGUUAAGCUUUAAAUAAUAGUUCCUAAUCUCUCCGGUGGCGCUAGUUAGGCUCUGGGACAUGAGUAUAACAUGAACCAUAUAAGACAACAAAUAACCCGACCAAAUUACGUAGGUUGUUUUUGGUAGUAUUUCGGUGUAUGGUGGCGCCGCCUAAUUACUGUUUUUUGAUGGACACUUUUCAUACAUAGAGAUUUGGCUCCUUUAUACAGUCUCCAUGUUUCUUUGUUUCAAAUAAAUUGGCACAUGACAUUUUAGGUAUUGACAAUGACGACCGAUAUGUAGUACGUAUUGCAGUGGGCUUCCCAGUAAAUUAAAUAAGAAUGCUUGUGAUACCUACAACAUUGAAAAGCAAUUCUCAACUAGUGGCGAUAUUCACUCGUGUGGUACAACUAUAUAUGUUGGGAAUUGCUUUUUGUACCCUGUAUCACAUUAAAAAAAUGCACGUGAAAUCUGAUGCUUAAAUGGUACAUACACAUCAAUUAGGUUAACGUUAUACCUGUAAAUCCUAAUUUUCUGAUUAACUCUUAGGUAUAUGCAACAAGGGGUGGGUAACUCCUUUCUUUUUAUCUUAUGUGAUAAAAUAACGUGUUACCAAAAUGAUUAGUUCUGAAAUCAAAAACAAACCAAGUAUCUAGUAUAAAUAAGAAUAAUAACAUAAAAUGUAUAGUCAAGAAUUUUUAAUUCAGUACAAUUUCGCACCUUUAGGCCGAGCACAUGAUUGACGCGACAGUAUCUCGCCGCGAGAUAGACUACCCGUCUUUUACUAACUGUAUGAAUUAAAGGGGGACAGGUAGUCUAUGUCGCGGAGAGAUACUCUCGCGCCAAUCAUGUGCUAGCCCCGCUUGUCACAGUGACAAUCAAUAUGAAAGUCGCUAGGAACUAGGGACCUCAUACUAUUGUCACUGUGACAAGGUGCGAAAUGUUAAAAUUCAAUUCCUUGACCUUACCGUACCUAUUAGUAAAGACUCGCCAAAGAUAUAAAAUUAUCUUGUACAAAAUACAUAAACGUAGAUUAUAUAGUAAUCAGUGCCUUUUCUUUGUGAUAGUCAAAACUGUAAUAGUAAGUUGUGUAAGUAUAGUGUCGUAAUUAUAUUAUUUUAAUAUUAGGCGUUUCUUGAUAGAUAAUUUAAGUUACCAAAUAAUACAACUAGGUGACAGGGAGUACGUGUUUAAUAUUAAUAAUGUAUUCUUUUUGUUUCCAAAUGGAGAUUGACGAGUGCAAACCAGUCAAAAUUAACCAAAAAUAUGUACCAAAAGGUUCAGUUAUUUUAUCGAUGUACUUAUUAUUUAAGAUUGUAAUGUAUUUAUUAAAUAUUUGAGAUAAGUUAA